AUGGUACAACGUGAGUUGUCUGAGCAUCUAUCUUAUGAUGCCGUGCAAAAGAUCAAGAAGGUUUCCCUUGACCUAUCGCAGAAAAUAUCAUCUCUUCACAAACUCAAGCAGCGCAUGCAGAAGAACGACGAUGACUGCAAGUUGUUGGACGAAGGCCGUAUUCCCAAUGGUUGCAAACCUUUGAAUUUUGCCUACGAGACCCCGCUUCUUGAUUCUGUCCCAUGCGACUUGAUGGAGUGGCGUGUUGAGCUUGAUACGAAUUCUUCGGUGAGACUCGCCAAGAAACAGAUCCACAGUGCAUAUUUGAAGGUCAUGAAGCAGCUGGAUGCCACUAUCAUGUCAAAACAACGGGAUGCUCUUCGUGAAGAAACCAAGAAAUCUUCGUUUACAAGGCGCAUUUUGAGUUGCAAACCGGUAAAUUCUGACCUCUUUGCGGAGCUUGAUUUGGACUUUGAGGGCGAGGACUUUGGUACUAAAGGUAUGCCCGAUGAUGUACUCCAGGCCAAAGCCGAAGUCAUUUACACCCACACUGUUCAAUCAGCAGCUUUGACCGUGCAGAAGAAGAAGGAGCUUGAAUCCACAGCAGCUAAGUCUAAGGACAAAAUCCUCAAGCAGCUCAUGGAAUCCGCACCUGCUGAGUUGCUGAACCAAGCCAUUGACCAGCGCAUUGAUCAGGCUCUAUCAAGUGCAAGCUCAAGCAAAGGCAAAGGCAAGGCAGAUAACCGUCGAGAUCAUCGUAAAAUUCAUCCCAAAGGUAUUUCUCGGACAUAUGAUGCAAGUAAGGCUUUUGUGGUUUCGAGUGUGGAGCAAGAUGCCGAUGCUUUGAGAUCGUGUCUUCAUGAAACCACUUCGACAUCAAAGGGCUCCAACAACAACGACGGGGGCAAAGGAAAAGGCAAGGGGAAGCAUCACGGUGGCAAGGUUGGUUUGGACCCCAAGGUUGCCAAUGUCAUCCCGAACUCCGGUGGAUAUGCAAAAUUUCGUUUCGCCAACAAUAUCCCCAAGGACAAGGGCAAGGGCAAGGGCAAGGGCAAAUGGAAGGGCAAGAACCGUGUUUCAAACAUGAAUUCAAUUGUGCGGCUGGGGCUUUCCAUGUUAAAAUCUGGUGAAUAUGGUGCUGUUCCUACCGACAAAGACGGUGGCUAUGCGAUGGUUCAUAAGACGUCCUUCGUAGCUGCCCUCAUUCAGUCCAUGGACCAGAACACCUAUGAUCCAGAUGUCAUGUUGCACGACCUGUCCGCGCAAGACUAUGUCGAGAAUUACGCGUCUCUAGUUCAGUGGAUUGCCGAAGAUGCACGUGAUCCCACACUUGGUCAUGCUUUGUUGCGUGAUGUUAGAAUGGGCAAUCGAAGGUUUAUCUCCAGAGUCAUCGCGAACGUGAAGACUCACAAACAGCCUGGAAACAUGGGGCUUCGCAUUAUUCACUCUUCACCUGGGUUGUGUAUCAGCCCUGCCAUGCGAUGGAUUUCCGAACACAUCAGACAGUUCUUCAGUGACAAGCCUCAUUUGCUUCGUGAUACAGAUGACCUUCUUUUCAAGUUACAGUCAGUGGUUGUUUCUGAAUCUGCAAAGCUGGUGCGCUUCGAUAUUCGCGACUACUUUAUGUCAGGAAGUCAUGCUCAGAUCGCAGAUUUGGCG